AUGGGGAAGAGGAUAAAGAGGGGCACGAAGGGGAACGCGGUGAACUACCUCACGCGCACCCGCGCGAUCAGGAAGCUGCAGGUGUCCCUCAAGGACUUCAGGCGGUUGUGCAUCUUCAAAGGCAUCCACCCCAGGGAGCCCAGGAAAAAGAAGCAUGGCGCGGACAAGACAUAUUACCACAUCAAGGACCUUCGCUGGCUGGCGCACGAGCAGGUGCUGCACAAGUUGAGGGAGGAGAAGGCCUGGAACAAGAAGGUCAAGCGUGCAGCUGGCAAGUUGAACUAUGAUGAAACUGAGCGCUUGGAGGUCAUCAAGCCCAAGUACAAGCUGGACCACCUUGUCAGAGAAAGGUACCCUUCAUUCAUCGACGCCCUUCGUGACCUGGACGACCCCUUGACCAUGGUCCACCUGUUUGCAUGCCUACCAGCUGUUGAGAAGACCGAUGUUAAUAUCCCGCAGAACAUGUGUGAGCUUGCCAAACGGCUGGCGAUGGAGUUCCAAGCAUACAUCGCCAGGACACACUCGCUGAGAAAGGUGUUCAUUUCUGUCAAGGGCUAUUAUUACCAGGCUGAGGUGAUGGGACAGUGCGUGACUUGGCUGGCACCACACCAGGUGUCGCAGCUCAUCCCAGAGGAUGUGGACUGGAUGGUGCUUACGACUUUCCUGGAGUUCUAUGAGACCAUGAUGACCUUUGUCAACUUCAAACUAUACCAUUCGCUUUCGUUGCGCUAUCCCCCAGUCUUGGACAAGCGUUUGUCCGAUGCUGCGGCCCAUUUGGAGGCCAUCAUGAAGGACCUUGCACGACCCAGUUUUUCAGGACGUGAGGAGGCGCACACAGCAUCGGGGCUUGCUGAGAUCAGCAGUUCUGUGAGGGAGCGGAUGGUGACCCUUCCUGACAAGAUCGAUGAGUUGACGAAGCAAGGAACAGCCAGACAGGAUGACUGUGCAGAAGGUGCUGAAGCCAUGGAUGCUAAAGAGAGUGAAGCAGAGAGUGGCAGUGAUAUGCCUGAAAUAGACUCAGGUUCUGAUGAAAGCCUGGACAACGAGACAAGCGAUGGGGCAGCAGGUGCUGAUGUGCCCCUUCCCGAGGUUGCUGAUGCCUGCGAGCAGGGAGCAAGCGAUUCUGGUGAUGAUGUUGGGCCAUCUGCUCAAGAAGUGGAAGGGGAGAAGGCAGCAGGGGCCACGGUUGGAGUGGACUCGCAGGAUGAAGCUACCCUCUGUGAGCGGCUCUUCAAUGGCCUGGUGUUCUUUCUUGGAAGGGAGGUCCCGAUGGAGACACUGCUCUUUGUCAUCAGGUCAUUUGGAGGUAGCGCUGGCUGGUGCGGAGAGGGGUCACCAGUCAGCGAGGCAGAUGACAGCAUCACCCACCAAGUUGUGGACAGGCCAUCACCAAAACAGAUGCGUGAGCACCGGGAAUACAUUCAGCCCCAGUGGGUCUUCGACAGCGCAAAUGCCCGCCUGCUGCUGCCGGCAGAUGGUUAUGCCCCUGGGAAGACCCUGCCUCCCCACUUGUCACCCUUUGUGGAUUAUGAAGAUGAGGGGUAUGUACCGGACUACGCCCUCCAGAUUAAGAGGCUGCAGGAAUCUGCCAACCUGGCCCGCAACACAAUAUCUACCGGGAUUGCGGACCAGACCUUCGUUGCAGAAACUGCUCGCGAGGACCCGGAGAUGGAGGAGCAGGCUUCACUGGAGGCUGCCAAGGAGGCUGAGGAGCAGUACCUCACAGAACUGGGCGCCGAACUGGGGACAGGAGACAAUGAGAAUGGCCCUUCAGGAGGCGCUUCGAGUGGCUCCAAGGCUCCAACUCAUGUUAAGGGAAAGCACAAGAAGAAGAGGACAGCGGAGCAGGUGGCCGCCGACGCCAAGGCCAUGGACGAAAUGAUGAUAAGAAAGAAGGACCGCUGGAUUUACAACCGAAUUAGGAAAAGGGAGGGCGAGCGGACCACGCGUGUGGCAAAGCUGAAGAGGAAGAGGGACGCCAUAGCAGCAAAGGGUGUGCCAGACCCGACUUGA